AAAGAGAGAAUCAGGCAAAGUGAGAAGAUGGGGCCAGUUGCCUACUUCAGCCUCUGCCUCCUCUGCUGCCUGAUCUUUAACCCCUCGCUGGAGGGAAUAGGCGCCACAUCCUGUCCCCCUGAAUGGCUCUUCUACCAAGGCCACUGCUAUGCGUUCUUCCCCGAAGAGGUGUCCUGGUCAGAGGCUGAGGUGCAGUGUCAGUAUCACCGCAAAGGGGCCCAUCUCGCCUCCAUUAUCACUAAGGCAGAAGGGAACACAGUGGCCAGAUACAUCACAGAGUCAGGUGCCACGGGUCACGUCUGGAUCGGGCUGCACGACCCUCGGCGGAACAGACGCUGGACAUGGACAUAUGGCUCCCUGUAUCGCUACAGUAGAUGGAAUGUUGGAGAACCAUAUAACCUGAACGACAGCGAGUACUGCAUUGAGCUGCUGAAAGGGACAGGUUUUAAGAACUGGAACGAUCAAGUCUGUAACAGGAAAAACGGCUACGUUUGCAAGUAUGGACUGUAGCGAGGGGAGUCACUCGCCUGCACCUGA